CAGGUGUCAGUCCCGUUUAUUAAGCGCCCGGAUCAGUAAGUAAGUAAGUAAGUAAGUAAGUAAGUAAGUAAGUAAGUAAGUAAGUAAGUAAGUGAGUGAGUGAGUCUGUACCACGAUGUCCGCCAUGGAUGAGCCUCAACCCUGCCGCGAGAAGAAGCCUUUUCUGCCGGAUGAGUCCGAUAGUUUCCGACUGGAGAUGAACCGACCCGAGAGCAACAAACUCGCUGCUGACUCUCCGGGAAAGCCACAGAACUCCAGCAGUACUGGCCCUGGACAUAAGGAAGCAACAAGUGGCCCAAGAGAGGAGUCCGUAUGGCUGAGGCUUCAGCAGGCUCUUCUGCUGUUUCGGGGGAUCUCCCAGCACUGCACAAAGUGUAACCUCUGUAUUGCACUGAUUACACUCCUUAUUGGAAUUGGAAUUGGCAUUCGAAUUGGCAUUGGAAUUGGCAUUGGAAUUCCCAUUGGAAAAGGAAUUGAAAAAGAGAAUUAUACAACACCUCCCACAACUGCCUCUGUAACUUGCUCUCCAAGCUGCCCAGACAAGUGGACCUCAUAUAACGGUACCUGCUACUUUGCAUCCCAUGAGGAACGAGAUUAUAAUUCUUCCAAGAACUUCUGUGCUGAACAAGGAGCGACACUUCUGCUGCUGAACAACGAGACCAUGGAAGUAAUGGAACACUUGAGAAUGAGCAGUAACUUCUGGAUUGGGCUACGGAGAAACCCAGGAGGACCGUGGCAGUGGGAGAAUGGGACCUUUUAUACAGUUACAAUGUCAGAUGACAAUGAAAAUCGCAACUGCGCCUACUUUCAUGGGGAAAUCAGCGCUCUGGACUGUUCAACGCCUCGUGUCUUCAUUUGUGUCAAGAACUAAAGUAACGACAAAUAUGAUGUGAAACAAGAAGCCUUAAAAGACCUGUGUGUCCGUUUAUAUCUAUGAAAUGUAGAAACUGUGUUAGUAUGUUCUGUGUAGCCAAUAAGCACAGUCACCAAAAUGUGACAAAUGGAGCUCAGGUCUUUCAUCGCCAAUUGCUCUGAUUAAUUGUUUAGCUGUUUUAUAUAAAUGAUAUGAUCAAAUGUAACCAGACCCCCAGCCUGGCCAACAUCUCAUUCCCAAACUAAGAGGGUGAAUAGUUGCCCCUCUGCUGCUGUAACUGCCCCAGUGCUUCUGGGAAGGUCCCACUAGAUGUUGGAACAUUGGUGCUGGGAGUUGUUGCUGGGAGUUGGUUUUAUUAAGAGCAUUAAUGAGGUUGGGCAGUGAUGUUGGGGAUCAGGCUCACAGUUGGGGUUCCAAUUCAGUUGGGUUGAGAGUUCUGUGCAGUCAGGUUGUUUCCAUCUCAUCAAGCCCAUUCUGUAGUCUGUGUGCAUGGGGGGGGGGGACAUUAUUGCGCUGAAGCAGGACCUUCCCCAAAAUGUUCUAUAAAAUAGGAAUAAUGAAAUUGUUAGGAAUAUCAUAAAAUUCCCAAUGCACAGAUAAUGCUCCUGCAUAAUAGACUCCCACCAACAAAACGCCCACAAAAAAAAAGGAUAAAAGGAGGGAGUUGUGUACAGGUCUAAUUAUUUACUUUGCAGGAAUCCAACAUGGAGGAGCUUUAGUUUAGCUGGUUUGUUCAAGAAGUAACAAAAUUAUUGAGCAUGAGGCAUAUUUACCCUUUUUUAGAUUUAGAUUUCCACACUGGGGCCCUUACGGGUCGCUUUUCCUCGUGCAGGCAACUUCGGCCAACUUCGUAAAAUGGAGUGCUCUUAGAUUUAGAUUCUAGCCGGCAGGAAGGCUUUUCUGAUUA